UCUUUUGUCAAUAUAGUCAUCUUCCAGACCCAGAAGAUGAAGAAAGCGAGAGAGAGAGAUGGGUAAACCCUCUCUCCCACUGAGGCUGACCUUCCUUCUCUCCCUCUCGCUCACAGCGUCAUAUUCCUCCUCACUACCAUUCUUUCACAAACCAUCCUCACUUUCACCUUCCACGCCCAAAGCCACCCCUUCAGACUUGCUCUCUCUCCUCGGGCCCAAGCCUCAGUCCUCCACCAUCAACCCCCUCGUUGCCCAGGACCUCAAAUCCUGCCUCAAGUUCCUCGUUCCCUUUACUCCCACAAAACCCAAAAUGGAGUCCAGAAAGUGUUUGGGGACGAGAAGAGAACUGGGUCUGGGCCAAAUUGGUGCAAGGAGUCGGAGAGAGGAGGAUGAGCUCAUUUGGUGGCCCCCCGAGCCGGUUCUGGAGCUGGCUCGCCUUGCCGUUGAUUCCGGUGGUGACCCGGCGGCUAUUCAUCGCGCCCUAGAUCCCACCAUCAUCGCUGUUCCUGAUGUUGAAGGAUCAAAAGAAAACCGAUGUGAGCUGACUAGAACACCAUAUGGGAGACACUUUAUAAGUGAGGAGUUGAAUUCUUAUCUUGAAUUUUUAUUUGAACUUAUUGUUGCCCGGGGUCCCACUAUUGGGUUGAACAUAUCCCUGAAUCGCUAUGAUUUCUUUCACGGCCACCUUUUUCUUGCUGUAAAUACUGGAAGACUCGGUAUAUUGUUCCAUGCCAAAGAAUAUCCAGCAUAUGAUAAAGAAGUGUUUCCAUGCAAUAUGGGUUAUUGUCAAAUAGGGUCUAAUGUGACAUAUGAUGAUUCAAUGAAUUUGCGAAAUAUUCUCUGGCUGGCUCCAUUGCCUAGCAAUUCAUCUAAAGCUUGGGUGGCACCAGGAGUCUUGGUGGUGCUGGACGCCCACCCAGAACGAAUAAUAUAUCGAGAUCUCAUUCCUGAAUAUGUAAGAAUAGCAAGGACCAUAUAUGAAGAUGAUCUCGGGGAUGUUGCAGUUGAUGUCAACUACUUGGAUGUCGGAGAUGCAGUGCCAGACUAUCAAAUUUUUAUUUGCUGAUGCUUUUCUCAAGUGGUAGAUUAUCACAUCAUUGGAUGAGCCCCAUGCAGCAGAUGAGCCAUAAAUAAGUCCCAAUUAUGUUGGCUGAAAUGAUUUCAAGCCAUAAGAUCUAUAGUCUCUCUCAACAUGGAGAUGGCUUGGCAUGCAAACAGAGCAUACCUUGGUUCAAAAUAUGGUUGUAUUAAAUCUUUUCCACCGCGUUGUAUUUAACGGCAAUCAAAAUCAUUCCGCUUGAGCUUGAUUCUUAACAGUGGAACCACAAAGUUUUCCUCUAAGAUAGAUCGGAAGAAAUUAACUCAGUUUAUCAAAUUGAUAUUUGUCUUUA